AUGUCUGGCUUCCCUGUUCUCAAACCGGCGUUUACCGUCCGCGUUUCUGUCGACGCAGCAUUGCCCGUCGGCAGCAAUCACCGCCAAGCAGCCCUAGUCGUAGUGCCUAUGGUCGGUGGAACGGUCGUUUCCGAACCUGGCUUCACUCCUGCAAUCAAUGCAACUUUCGUCGGCACGGGCAAUGAUUAUAUCCGCCGUGACCCUGAUGGAAAGGCAAUGCGUUUAGAUGCGCAUGGCGUUGUCAAAACCCAUGAUGAUGCGUUGUUAUAUCUUCAUUACAAUGGAACGGUGAAUGUAACCGAGGGAGUUGCGAAAGCCCUUUCGGGUGAGGCAGGUGAUGCCGAAACCCCGUAUGGUGAUAGUUUCACGUCUUUCACCGUUGAGACUGGCGAUGAGAGAUACAAGGACCUGGAGAAUGGAGUCUUUGUCGGCGCCGGUCACUUCGUUACCAAGACAGGCGAAAAAACCAUUGUCGAAUACAAGGUUAGCCAGGUUGCAACAAAUUAG